AUGACUUCGCCUGCUGCGCACCAAAACCAAACCCCGGCGUCGAACAACUCUACGGCCGCCCCGGCAACAUCGUACGCUUCUGCCGCUGGCGCAGCAAAGAAGCCGUCAUCGACGCCGGUGGUCGUUGCUAGCUCUACCCCACCGGUUGUUGCGGCUGGAUCGACAAGCUCUGCACCGCACCAUGCUAAGUCGUCUUCUAUCUCGCCUAUGAACGGCCGACCGAACAUCAUGCCUGCCAUCCCGAACGUUGCCCCCGUAGUAGUCGGCUCAUCAACUGUUAAUGGUUCCGCCGACCACAACCGCAAAAGCUCGGUUACUAUGAGCGCGAACGGCCCCAACAGCUACUCGACUAACGGUGGUAUUGCGGGUAAAGCCAGUAUCCAAUUUGGUUACGACUCGCCUGCUGUCUCGCACAGCUCGCCCCAGCCCGGAUCCGCUCCGAUUCCCAUCCCUGAUAGCAAUCCUCGCGUGACAUCGCCUCAGAAUUCUCCAUCUCCUAUCCCGCAACCUUCUGCUACCGGCGGUGGUCGACCUCCCUCGGGAACUGCUCAACAGGGUAUGACGUUUGGUAGCUUUGGUGGUGAUAGCGAUCGUUCUCAUAUACGGGCGGCUUCCGUAUCGCACGACCCACAUUCUUUAGGAUCCCAACAAUCUCCUCAUAUGAGAAGAGGCUCUAACGUUAGCGACAUGAGCAACCAAGGACCGCCUCAUAUGGGUCGAGGCAACUACCCGUCUGCUGGUCGUGGCCGGGGAUUUACUAACAACUCGUACAAUCAACCCAUGGGAUAUCCUCCGAAUAACUACAGCAGAGGCCCCCAGAAUUCAGGACGAGGCGGUAUCCCUCCCGCUUUCGGCGAUUCUCGUCAACGCCAGUUCGGUACUCCGCCGCCGCAACAUCGAAGCCCUGCGCUACCACCUGCCAUGCCUCACGCCCCGGGUGUACCUCCGGCCGGCAUGCCUCAGUUUUAUUACCCACCUCCUCAGCAAAUACAGCAGAUGCAGCAAAUGGGUCCGCAUCCAGUACAACAAGUAAAACCCCCUUUUCCCCCUUUCCCCCCUAAUCCUGAACGCACCAAUAUCAAAGUUCCGAAGAGAAAAGGAAAUCGUCGCGAGACUGAGAAGUUCUCGAACCAACAACGACGACCAGACUCUUUCGACAACAAUGAUCAACAAGACUUCAGUCAGAAGAAUCGACGCUUUAGUAAGCGUCCUGAUCAGCGAUUCAUCGCGGAUGGCUCGCGUCGUCGUGGUUCAAUUCCGUUCGAUAGGAUGGAAACGUCGCACACGGAGCCUCCUGUGAUCCCGCUAGUACAUCCAUCCCCCAUCGUCCAUUCAUUUCAGCCAACUCAUAGACGGAUAGAUCUGUCACCAGAGAGUGGCAAUUUUGAUCGGUUUCUAACAAGCUCACAGGGUUUUUACCAACACUAUGACCCGAACAUGCGACCAGGCAUGCAUGUACCCGCAUUCCCAUCCUAUCCGAUUAUGCAUGGACAAAACCAGUCUCCUGUUCCUACUUUCCAGCAGCCCUUUAACCAAGGCCCAUACAAUGCUCUGGGAGGACAGCCAAUGUCUCGUAACUCUUCGCAGGUAUCCACAGAUCACCGACCCGCAUCGAGCACAGGUCAAAGUCAGGCGCCCGUUGUCGCCCAAAGCACCCCGCAGCCCCAGCCAGCACAAAUCAAGCCCGCCGUCGUCGCUUCGCCCCAAUUUAACCGCCCCCCGAAGAAGAGCAUGGCAAUUACUAUCAAGAAUGCCGCUGGAGAGACAGUGGAUCUUAGCAACGUAAGGGCCCAGCCCGCUUCACCCGCACCGAGCAGCCAGCAGUCAAAAACACCGCCAGCUAUCGCUCCGACUCCCACCCCUCCACCAAAGACCUCGACGCCGAAGCUUUCUACGCCAGCGCAUUCUCGUGCAGAUUCCGUGAGCAAUUCAAAGACAGCCGAGGAAGUGCGAAACGAAUUUAAGGAGAAGAUGAAGCAGGCUGCUAGCGGAGAGAAACCGAAGGAGGAUGAAGCGGCCAAGACGGCAGCCGAGAAAGCCAACGAAGAGGAGCGCAUAAAGGCGGAGCAAAAGGUGCAAGAAGAGGCUAAGGCUGCUGAAGAAGCAAAGGCACGACAAGAAGUCGAGGAGAAAGAAAAGGCCGAGCGUGAGGCAGCAGCAGCCAAGAAGGAGGAGGCUCCUAAGGCUACAGAAGAAACCGAGGACGAGGAAAUGGAGCGAAUGAUUCGGGAAAUGGAGGAGGCGGAGGCAAAACGCGAGAAAGAGGAAGAGGAGCAUCGUGCUAAAGUUGCGGCUGAGAAAGCUGUUAAACAGAAGGCCGAGGAAGAGGAACGCAAAAAGAGCGCUGCCGACAACGACCGCAAGCUACGCGAGCAAGAGGCAGAGAUGGAACGGCUAGAAGAAGAAAAAGAGCGCAAACGGGCCCAAGAGGGUUCCGGCCCGUCUGUAGCGGAUCUCCUCAAGCAACCGUUCGGAAAACAGGCCGAAAAGACGGAUUCACCUUCCACGGCCGAAACCACUGCGAAAUUGGCCAACCUUUCUCUUAACGAAAAGCCAUCUGUUGGUGCUGGCACGAAGCCAACCCAGGGUGGACGUGGCCCUAAGCCCGCUGCCCUUAAUCUUGCACCCCUCAACACCAAGUCUGUUGAACCUCCCCAGCCCAGCGCUGCUCUCCAGUCUCUUAAGACAGCUAGGCUCCUUGGUUCUAGCUCCAUUAAGGCCGAUCUUUAUCCUGCUGGAAUCCAGUCACCCAACCCGGCCUUGAACGCAGCUGUUGCCAGAAAGGGUACCUCGUUCAAAUACGAUUCCGCUUUCUUACUUCAGUUCCAGAAGGUGUUCACCGAGCAGCCUUCGCUUGAUUUCCACCAACAAGUCAAGACUCUUAUUGGGGAUAGUGAUGGUGGAAGGUCUGCAUCUGCUCGAACUCCUGCCGGUCUUUCUAAUCGACAGAAUUCUAGAACUGGUGUCCCUGGUAUCACUGGUUUUGGCAGUUUUGCUGCUCCUGGUGGCCGCACAUUACCGCCUGGCACUACGUCUGCGCAGCGGUUUGAAAUGAGCAGUGACAAAUCAAUGCCGCGACCGGCCAUCAACCCCAUGGCUAGCUUCCAGCGACCCGGUGGAGCGUUCCCUGGUGGCAGCCAGAUGGCCCGCACACCUUCUAGUUCUAACAUGAGCAUGCCCCACUCUCCACGACAAGGAAGUCGCCGUAAUGCUAGCAAGCAGAACACUUUCAAUGCCAAGGUGGAGGCUCAGGCAGCUAAGACCAUGCCGCUUACCCAAGGUAUGAAGAUUGAGGCUCUUAAUACUUCCUCGUCAGGCUGGAAGCCAAGCAGCAUUGGCAAGGGUCCGGCAGCAGCCGCAGCUGGACCCAAUGCAGCUGGUCUACUAGACCCAUCUAUGGUCCAACGUAAGGUCAAGGCUGCUCUGAACAAGAUGACACCCGAGAACUUUGACAGGAUUUCGGAUCAAAUCCUUCAGAUCGCAGCGCAGUCUAAGGACGAAAGUGAUGGCAGGACCCUUCGACAAGUUAUCCAGCUCACUUUUGAGAAAGCUACUGAUGAGGCGCAUUGGGCCUCGAUGUACGCGAAGUUCUGCAAGAGGAUGCUGGAAAUGAUGAGCCCAGAGAUCAAAGACGAGAACAUAAAGGACAAGAAUGGACAGGUUGUGAGCGGUGGUGCGUUGUUCCGAAAAUAUCUUCUUAACCGUUGCCAAGAAGAGUUCGAGCGCGGCUGGCAAAUUCAACUUCCGGAACCAAAGGAAGGAGAAGAUAAGAAGGCUCUCGAGGCUGCUAUGCUUUCUGAUGAGUACUACAUUGCUGCGGCUGCUAAACGUCGUGGUCUUGGAUUGGUUCAGUUCAUUGGCGAGCUAUACAAACUAGGUAUGCUCACAGAGCGUAUUAUGCACGAAUGUGUCCGCAAAUUGGUUGAUUACUCUGGCAUUCCCGACGAAGCUGAGAUUGAAUCUCUUUCCAAGCUACUCCGAACUAUCGGAGCUAACCUAGAUGCUGCGGAGAAGGGUCGUGCCAUGAUGAACGCCUACUUCGGUAGGAUUCAGGACAUGGUUAACCUCCCCGAUCUACCCAGUCGUCUUAAGUUUAUGCUUAUGGACAUUAUCGAUUUGAGGAGGGCCAAUUGGGUCUCUAAGGAAGCCAAUAAAGGACCGAAGACGCUUGAGGAAGUUCGUGCUGAGGCUGAGGCUCAAGCAGCUCAGAAGGCAGCUGAAGCUGCACGAACGAACCAGCGAGGUGGUGGAGGUGGCCCUGGUCGGGCACAAGUUGGCCGUGGCGAUGCCAGAAAUUUCUCUGGAUAUGCUCAGCAAGCUCAAAACCAGGUCGGCAUGGAUGAUUUACGUCGUCUGAAAGGAAGCGCUAGCCGCACGUCUAGCGCCAACAUUUCUUUGGGGCCAAUGUCGAUGUUGAACUCUCGUAGUAACAGUGGCCGUCGCUUAGGCCCUGGUGGCUCGCUGAGCCGAGGAGCUGAGGAUUCCGGUGCGUCCUCCAGAACUGGAACGCCGCCGGUAAGGGAAACGCAGACCAGCACUAAUUCGUUCGGUCUACUCGCCACCAUGGAUUCGGAGAACCCGGCAUCGCCGCCCUCUACUGCAGCAUCGCCUGCUCUAGCUAAAGUUGCUCCGGAUACCACAUCUACAUCCGAAAAGGGGAAGGAGAGCAGUUGA